AUGUUCUGCAAGGCACACGGUGGUGGUAAACGAUGUACACACUCGGGUUGCACCAAAGGAGCAGAAGGAAGCACGCCGUUUUGUAAAGGACAUGGAGGGGGUAAAAGAUGUGCCUUUCAAGGAGGUGAUCCAUGUUCCAAGAGUGUUCAUGGCGGUACCAAUUUCUGUGUGGCUCAUGGCGGUGGUAAGAGAUGUGCGGUUCCCGAAUGCACAAAGAGUGCUAGAGGAAGGACUGAUUUCUGUGUCAGACAUGGUGGAGGAAAGAGAUGCAAGUCUGAAGGAUGUGGCAAAAGUGCUCAAGGUAGUACUGACUUUUGCAAAGCACAUGGAGGAGGGAAACGGUGUGCGUGGGGUCAGCCCGAGACUGAGUAUGCGGGACAAUCCUCUUCUGGUCCUUGUACCUCGUUUGCUCGAGGUAAGACUGGUCUUUGUGCACUCCAUAACAGUCUGGUUCAGGAUAACCGGGUCCAUGGAGGAAUGACUGUAACUUCCGAGAGCCAAGAACCGAGAGUAAGCAGCAGCGAAACAGAGAACGAGGAGGAGUUCAGCGGUUCACAAGACAUGAACAUCGAUACAAUGAAAGCAAGAAGUGCUACAGGAUCUCCGGAGACUGAUGUUGAUCUCAAUGAGUAUGAAGCAGGAUUGGGGUUAGCUCCAGAAGAAAGAGUCCAUGGUGGAAGUUUGAUGAUGGCGAUGUUGGGCAGAGAUGGUUGCUCUGGCUCUACCGAUGGGAAGGUGAGGCCAAAGAGGUGGAUGUAA